AUAGAGGAUGGAAUGGAUCAGUGGACACUUUUUGCCUGUUGCCUUGACUAUCGCUGCUGAGCUUUAUUGUCAACAAACUGCUUUAGGCCCGGUCACAGGCUCAGUUUACUACCAGUAGUACAUGUAUUCUACUCAUUGCUAAAGGAAUAGCUGAACCUUGUAAUAAACAAUUACAGCUGACUAGUCUUUCCAACAGGGUUGAAACUGACAGGGCUUAACAACUAAAAACACAAUAACAAGGUUAUAGAUAGUGCAUUAACUAGGAUCAUGGGAAGGGGCUUUUCAUUUGGCAAUAUUCUCUUCUACAUGACAUUACACAUUUAAAAUAGCACGCAGGAGGAUCACUAGAAAUACAAGUAUGAUCGAUCUCAUACGCUCACUUUAUCCUACCAAAGGAUGGUCUAAACAAUAAGGCUAGGAACUGCAAGAAGGAGUUGGCAAGAAAAUGCCAAACUAACCUGUGGUAAGAUGUACCAAAGGAUUGCUUUACUUCUUGAAUGUAGUAUAACCUAGCCAUGUAUGUCCUGCCCCUUACCCCUCAAGGUACAAGAGGUAAAGCUGGGACACUGUACAUAUGGUGCACAGGUUGACUUUAAUUCCUACGCUAAAUAUGUGGAAAGGUAGAGACCAACAAUGAAUAUGGCAUUUCUUGAGGAUGACUUCACAAUAACAAACUCGUAAAACAGAAGCCCCGGGGCGGACUGAUACGUUCACACUGUAACACAAACUGUGAGGAACGCUGCAUUUUCCUGACAAAUGACAAUUGAUUAGUCUCCUGUUGAUUGCAAGCCACUUUGUAUUGACUGUGCUACCCACAAGUGUAUUUCAUGGCAACCUUGGCAAAUUGGCUUCAAAGAGUCUAUAGACAACUGAGAAAUUUUCUUUGAGUUCGCUGGAGCAGAAUUCAUGGCAAGGUCAUCCAAUGAAAAGGACUAUUUCCAAUGAUGACUUCAACACUGAGACAGGAGGAGGGAACAGUGUCUUCAUUUCAUCACUAGACACCAGUCUGCUGGCAUCUCAAAAUGAUGCUGCCUAAAGGUUUCAUCUUUGGCUUGAUGAACCUUUGUCUUAUGAUCAGAUGCACUGGUGGUAAUGAGAGGUGUGUAGCCUCCAUUAGAGGGGCGUGUCCUCCUGAUUGGAGCCAGUGGGGUGACAAAUGCUACAGAAAACUCCCAGUGAAUCUACCCUGGGCUGAGGCCAAAGAGGAGUGCAUCAAGAUGGGAAGUGUCUUGGUUAUGCCACAGUCUCAGGAGGAAACUGAGUUCCUUCUGGAGAAUCUGCACCGCUACUUCUGGAUCAACUGUAAUGAUAUUCAAGCUGAAGAUUCGUGGGAGUGUCAGGAUGGCACUUUUGAUGUGACGUUUAGAAGCUGGAGGGCUGGUGAACCCAGUAAUGAUGGAAAGGGUGAAGACUGUGCAGUGGUAAUAGACAAAGGUGGAUGGAAUGAUGUUUCAUGUGGUAAUCUAGUUCCUGCUAUCUGCCAACGAUGUGUACCUCGGCUGCUGCUUCUGAUUUAAGGAAACAAGUUAAUCAUGCUUGUAAUACAUGUAAAACCAUGUUCAUAGAAUGCCAGUUAAAAGAUAGCACUUUGUGUAAUUCAUGUUUAGGGUAUGCUUAAAAAUCUCAAAACUGAGUAUUUACAACUAGAAUGUAAACACUAACCUGCUUUGGCACUUUGUAUUUAUUUCACGUUUCACUCCAUCAUUUUCAAAGUAUACAGUAAGUUAUUGUGGAGUUUCACCAAGAUGAUAUGAACCAAACCUAUAUUAAUCAACCACAUAUCAAAUCCAAGUUUGGUAAAUUUAACUAUAUCCUGGCUUGGUUGUAUAGGAACCAGAUUUGGGGUUGCAUAUAAUGGCAUCAAGCCUUAAUCUGAAUAAUUUUACAUCCGAAUAAAAGAUGCUCAUUUGCAUCAUAAAGGUAAGCUCCUAUAUUUGGUCGAGGCUCUCAACCAACAGAAAUGGCUACACUGUCUUAGGUAUUUAAUGAAUAAUAAUUUAGGCUAGAUGUGUUCCCUUUGUAGAAAUCAACAAUUCUGUGUUCAUAUACGCCUAUAUGUAGAUUUUUGAGGUAUCAUAAUAGGCAGUCGCAAAGAUCUAAAUAAGCUGCAGACAUACCAUAAUGUGCUCUGACUGACCCUCUCAUUUUGCCUACAACUUGUAUAGGCGGCCAAAGUUUACAGAAAUACCACCUUUCGGUUGGCUUUUGAUUUUACCUCUUAUUUGUUUAAAAAGGGACAUUUGUCUCAUUGAUUUUACAAAGAGUUGUAUUUUCCCUUUUUUUUUUAGAAUUUAGCCACACAUGUAUUAUUACCUAGUGUUCUGAUAGCUAUGUGGAAAUUUCAGCAGUUAGUGAAUUAUUCUUUUACUUUUACCUAUGGGCAACCGUAAUUUUAGAAGCCACUCUGUGACAUCAACAGAGCAUCCCAGUUACCAAAGAACUAUUCCUGCUUGCUAUGCAUAUAAGUUGCAAACAUAUCCUAGUGACUGAAUGUGUACAUGUAUUGUACAUGUAUGUAUGGAAUACAUGUAGUCUCUCUUGGAAAGGAGGGGCGGUCAAACACAUGCAUGUGCUACCCAUUUCCGUGCAGUCUUGGCAUGUGUGGGAGUGUCAUUCCCUUCCAUCUAUCUUUUUUUCUGUUUGCUUUUUAUUUUGUCCCCAGAGGAGAUUUCCCCCUUGUAGAAAUCUGCUCCACCCCCUCCUGACUCCUGUGGGGGCAAUGCAACUAAUAGGAUAGCUGAUAUCAUGUGCCACAGGGCAGAUCCACUGUGGGAAUUAUUCUUGAGAGAUAGCAGAUGUCAUAUCAGCAAUAAAAUAAAACAAACAAGCUUGUGCAAUGUGUCCCCCUCCAAAAAAAUUACAACCCCCAAAUAACAUUUAUUUUCUUCCAAAAUAAUUUCAUAAAUUGCUGUUUUGGGUAUCAAACUGAAGCUUAGAAUGUUACAUUUUCAAACCUGAAGACUUCAUUUCAGUUUGAUGAUGCGCUGUGGAGAGAUAAUCUCCAUAAUGUUAGAUAACUGCUUUUUGGUUCUGCUCAAUGGGAUUUACCACGGCAAUCAGAAUGCUGUUUGGCCAUAGAGGAUGGAAUGGAU